CGCCAUUCUACAAUCGAUUAGUGUCGUCAUGAAAAUGGUCGCUGUUUGCGUCGCGAAAUAAAGAAAACAUUCGUUGAAAUAGUCCGAAUAACGACAAUCACCGAAGCCGGUUAUCGUCUCUGAACGUUCGAAAAACUUCUCCAAGUGUUUUAAUUCCUCUUCGAUCACUGUGUGGAACAUUUUAAUCAGCCAGAUGGUCAGCCGAGGUGGUCUCAAGUUUUUCCCUGGUGCUAAGUUGGAAGCCAAGGAUUUCAACGAAAAAUGGUACUCGGCACGCGUUGUUGAGACCGACUGGGUCGAGAGGGAAGUCUUGAUACAUUUUGACAAAUGGAGUUCCAGAUUUGACGAAUGGAUUCCAAUGGACAGCUCGCGCCUCCGAGUACUUCAAGUACAACCAAACGAGUCAACUUGGACACUACCACCGCCGGAGACGAAAAUGCGAGAAUUUAUCGUCGGUGAAAGAAUUUUAGCUACGUGGGCAGAUGGCAGGAAAUAUCCUGCCAAAGUUAAGACUGUGUUGGGAAAUGACAGGUACGAUGUUCUCUUCGACGAUGGCUAUGCCAAGAUAGUCAGAUCAUCAAAAAUGACAAAAAUUGCCGCAGCCAUAGAAAAGAAACCGAUUGUUGAUGGAGAUUACAUAGGAAGUAAACAAGAGAGAAGGGACAAGAAGAGAAAACACAGUGUAAUGGAUCUGUUUCAUUCUAAUGCCAAAAAACGGCCGAGAACGGAUUCUGAAAAGUCACUUAAAAAAGACGAAUCAUUCGCAAGCGAAGACGACGGCAAAUCCGAACCUCCUGAAUUGACACCGGCUGUUGCAUACGACUCUGGCACAGAAGUACUCAAAGGCUUUGAGCCAAGUAAAGCUAAAGUUAAAACCUAUGCCAAGAAAAAGAAACGGGAUGUGCCUAAAAUUGAUACGGACAAUGAAGAUGAGGUUGGGCCUGAGUGGAUCGACGGCGAGCCUCAAGGAAUAGAGUCUUACAUUGUAGAUGGUAAUGACGUUGCAGGACCACGUCGGUCUAUCAUAGUAGCAGAUAAGAGGCUACCAUCUGGAUGGCAGAAACACUUUACGCAGAGAAGAACUGGUUCGUCAGCCGGCAAGUGGGAUGUCUUGUUUAUACACAAAUCGAGUGGGAAAAAGUUCAGGUCAAGAAACGACAUUCGAUCGUUCAUGGAGAAUCAUGGAAUGUACGAUUUUGAACCUGAGAAAUUUGAUUUUUGCAUCCAUCGAAAGAAAAACAAAUCUAGUUCUGUUAAGACGAAGCAGGAACCGCCGACUGAAGUGCCAAAGAAAAUCAAAACAUUGUUACCAAAAGCUAAAACUCCUCUUGGAACUCGUGAAGUCACGUCACCUUGUCCUGUCACUCCAGUUGUUAUGCCGCUUGCUAUAACUCCUGUUACACCUGCUGAUCCUGGCGUCAUCACAUACUCUGUAUUUAUUGGAGGAAUUCGCGUUGAAAUGGAAGACAGCGCUUACAAAUGUCCUAAAGAGGGUUGCAACAAGAAUUUCCGCAAGGAAAAUCUUCUCCAAAUGCAUAUAAAACAUUAUCAUCCUGAGUAUUCAAAAUUUCUGGGCUCCACUCCGAAUGUAGCAGAUUUGGCGUACGCCAGAACGAUCGGAGAAUCGAUCGAAGAUAUAAUACCAAAGAAGCAGAACAACUUUUUGGAGAAGAUAAACAAGUUUGAAAAGAAAAAAGCAACCCAGGAGAAGCAAGUGCCUGAAAAUGAAUCCGACGUGAUUCGACCAGAGAAAAUAGUAAAUGUAACCAAAGAGGACUCCAAGUCUGAAGUUGCGUCGCCUUCUUCAAGCAAGAGCAUCGAUGUCGACGAAGAUAUUACCAAAACUAGAGAACCUAGUUGUGCAAUGUCGCCGGGAACCCUGUUCGAUCUCAAAGUCAGAGAUGAAAAAGUUCAAAUGGGCAUCAAAACCUUGUUGCCGGUUAGAUCUGUGACUGCUACGCCUUUGCCCAGCAACGGUGUUACGGAACCGCAGAAAUUAGACAGAUCAAAAUCAUUGGACGAACCGUCGAUUCAAGAAAAAGGAAAGACUAUAAGGAAGCGGCAGACUUCAGAGUAUCAUUCAGAUUUGCAACUGAAGUACAAGAAAAAGCAAGGGUUGCUGGAGCUUAAGGAUGAUUAUGGGGAUUUAGAUGACAGUACUUUGGAUGUUGAAGAGCCGGUCGCUCCUACCUACAGGUUCAGUCGAAGAAAAUCGAACCCAAAAAGCGAUGAAAAUAAUCUAACAAGUCGACUAAGCGAUUCUCAUAAUAUUGAGAAAGGUGAAACCCCAAAAGGGGAUGCUGCCAAAAGAGAUAAUUAUAAUGAUACUGAAGAUGGAGAUGGCAUGAUGAUGAUGAUUAAUGGGGAACUUGUGAAGGUGGAACAGCUUCGUAGGGAGGAAAUAAUAAACUGUACAUGCGGAUUUAUGGAAGAGGAUGGACUGAUGAUUCAGUGUGAUCUUUGUCUCUGCUGGCAGCACGGUCACUGCAAUGCUAUUGAACAAGAAAAAGAUGUGCCAGAAAAGUAUGUUUGCUAUAUUUGUCAAAAUCCGUACAGGCAAAGACCGUCAAAGAAGUACAGCCAUGAUCAAGAUUGGAUUAAAGAGGGAAAAUUGCCCAGUCUAUCGAAUCGUACCAAGAAUCAAGCUAGCAUCGAUCAAAGAACUGCGAUGUUGAAGCGUUCGUAUGAUUUGGUCGCAGCACUGCUACAAAUACAGCAAAUUUUGAAUAGUCUAAGAGUCAAAAUUAAUGUUGCACAAAAGAAAGAUCACCCGAAGUUGUAUCUUUGGGCUAAAAACUGGGAAAAAACUGAAAUCCCAAAACCAGAUACUGAACUGGUGCCAAUAAUGGAAAUUGUUAAACCAGCACUUGAGACAGCUGAGUCUAGUUUGGAUAGUUCACCCUGUCCUGAAAUAAAAAAUGAAAUAAAGGAGGAACCAGAAGAUGAAACGCAUAAAAAGUCGAUCGCUUCUAAUACGGAGUUGAUGAAGAUUCUGGAAGAGGAUAGUCUGCACGCUGAAGAACUUAAAAAUGUUAAGAAACAAGAAAACCAAUCCGAAGGUCAUAUUCUCUUGGAAGCGUUGACAAGAAAUAAUUUGGAAAAAACUGCGUCUGAAGUAAAGAACGAAGACAAUGAUCCGCCCAAAAAUACCCCUUCGACAUCCGAAGCGACAGAUCUGAUAUCGUCACUUCCGGUGGAAAAGACUGAGCCAGAAUCGACUAAUCUUGAUGAGAUGUUGCCUCUACAACCUUUUAUACCGGAACCAGAGGCCCCAAUUGAUCCAGCUGAGUGUCGUUCACGGCUGUUGGAGCACAUUGAUCACUUUCAGAACCACAUUGAUUCUAGACUAACUACAAUUGAGGCACAUGUGACAGCUCUGGAAGCCAUGGACCCAGAUGAUCCUGUUUCAGGCCCUGAUCUUUUGCCUCGAACAAAGCAGACUGUGCAAAUGCUGCUUAGGGAUUUGGCCACAGUUCGGAAACUUGCUGCGCUCUGCUAAGAAAAAAUUGAUUAUAUAAUACGAAUGAAGUUAUGUAUUUAUUGUCAUCAUCGUACCUAGUUCAAAACUUUAAUUAAAAGUAAUUUAUAUUGUUCAAACAGGGUUUUGAGUGUGACUGUUGAUCUACUGACAGUGUUACAUUUUUCCGCUUACAGUAGUGAUUAUUGGAAUUCGAGAAAGGAGGAUCGUAUCUUGUUGAAAAUAGCGUACUUAUGUUUGUGAAAUUAAUAUAUGCAUUUCUACCUAAUGCAAAAUUUAUUCAUUAAUGCAGCGAAGUUAAACUAACCCUUUUGAAUAGUCCUGUCAGGCUCAAAACCCUUCGAAGUAGGUAUUAUAUAUAAUUUAAAAAAUAUUAGUUGAAUAAUCAGCUUCAUUGCCUGCAGUUUACGCAACUAUUUUAUUAAAAUUAGGCUCAUGAUAAUACUUUAUUAUAGGCUAGAUUCUUCAAUGGAACAUUUUGUACAUAUACAAUAUAGCAUAGUUACAGCUUGUUCUGUAAUUUAUAAAGAAUUACUGGAGUAUGCAUAUUUAAUCUUUAA